AUGGCUAGUCUUUUGGAGGUAUCAAGUAGUGAGAAGUGUUAUACAGAGGAAUCGUCCACAGUGACAGUAUUAAACGCUGACAGUAUUUACUCUACCUCCUAUUCGGCUCUCAGUCUAGGCUUGAACCUGACAGUGAAUGGUUACUAUGACAACAGAGAUAAAUCACUUAUACCCAUAUCAGAGCGUCAGUUUAUUGACAGUGUACUGGACACGGACAUGUUCCUGUACCUCUCCCCAGACUGGCUAUCUACUGUAUACAAGUGUGUGCUGGACAGAGAUUUGCUCGGGGAAGCUGGUUGGAACCAUGAAGAGGAUACUGCUUUAAUCACAGCUCUUAAAGAUAUAGAUGGUGAAGGUAGUCAUGCUAUAGGAGGUCAGAUGAUGAGAGGGAGUGUCUUGUGUGAAGAAGAUACAGGUACACCUGCAAGUGAUUCCGAACUUGUCAAAGCAGGUAAACUGUUAGCCAGUGAGAUCUUGUCUACAUGUUGGGAUGGUAUCCUUGAUGUUCUGUCAGUCCUCCUCAAUGGGAAGAGUGCAAUAGGUGUGACCAAUACUUUUGCCAUCAUGAUCGGCACCGAGGGAGCCAAGGAGGAGAGUUUGAGGAAACGUGAAGCACUGUGUAAAUGUCUCGAUGGUCUGCAAACUGCAGCUAAACUUUGCUGCUCCCUAGGUUUGCAAGAAAGAUGUGAAGGGGUGUUUGCAUUGCUGGCCAACACCUCAUGUGUCAUGGAAGAUUUCAAACAUGCAACCUUCAGUCCACCUGACAGGGCCACACAGAAGUCUUCAAUCCUCUUACAGUCCAAACCCAAACUGGUGCGGCUGCAUGCAGCUCACGUGCUUAGUAUGGAUGCCAUGAUGACGACAGGGUUGGAGAUAGGAAGUCACUCGGCAGACUGCUGGAAACAAGUAUUCAGAUGUUGUGCAUUUAUUUCGGAGCUAGAACAUACCUACUUCAGUAGUGGAAAUAACCAGUCUAGUCUACCCAGAAUUCAACAGGAACAUGCUGUUGGCAUGGCAACACAGGAAGAAAG